AUGUCUAUUAUUAGCAAACCCCUUCCAACUCAAUCCUGGGCUAUUGCCAUCAAGGACUUCGAAACUGGAGAGAUCGAGUGGAUCUCCUACACGGAGAGAAAACACGAGACCACUUAUGGAGGAAAUCUACACUGGACGAGUCAACUGAAAUUGGAGCAUUUCACGGAUCCAAUCUACAGCAAAGAGGAGAAUCCGUUAUUCAAGAAGAGACCGUCGAAGGGAGAGAAGAUUCUAGUGAAUGGAGGACAAUCGGGAGUGGCGACUGGAAGAGGGAAGCCAGGAAAGAUCAAUAGAGGCGCAGAGGCGAAGAUUCAGAAGAACGUGUCGAUUCAACAGCCAAAGUGA